GGGACUGGUCAACUGGAUUUGCCUGAGCAAUUUCUGAAACUAAGUUUUAAAACUGCCAACAAUUUUACCACCCCUUUGUGGUUUUACAAAGUCCCUCCCUGUGCCAACUUCCUUACAGCUGUUCUUUUUUCCUGUUACAAGAUAUUUUUCUUUCAUUUUUUCCAGGGAAGAGGAAUCAAUACAACCACUUCUCUAAGAGACCAGUGGUUGGUUGGUCUGAUCUUAAGCAGUGUUAGAAGAUCUGUUUUGACUCAAACCAGGUGUCUUGGCUGGGUUAAUUCCAGCCUGGGUCAAGCAAUUGAUCACAAGAUGUUUUUUCGGUUUGUGUGCUAUCUUGUGGUCGUGUGGCUGAUUUCUGGCUCAGAUGAGAGCUGUCCAGAACUUCCCCCAGUGGACAACAGCAUAUUUGUUGCAAAAGAGAUGAAAGGACAAAUUUGGGGGGCUUACUUUUGUCUUAAGGGUUACCACCUGGUAGGAGAGAGAAACCUUUUUUGCAAUGCCUCUAAGGAAUGGAACGCCUCCACUCCCAAGUGCCGCUUGGGCCACUGUCCUGACCCUGUGCUGGUAAAUGGUGAGGUUAGUGCCCUGGGGCCUGUGAAUGUGAGUGACAAAAUCACGUUUAAGUGCAAUGAGCAGUACAUCCUCAAGGGCAGCAAUUGGAGCCAGUGCCGAGAGGACCACACCUGGGUGCCACCCCUUCCAAUCUGCAGAAGCAAACACUGUGGCCCUCCUGGAAAUCCAGCUCAUGGCUAUUUUGAAAAAAGCGAUUUCAGCUCAGGAUCUACCAUUACUUAUCACUGUGAUAAAGGAUACCGUUUGGUGGGCACACGAGACCAGCAAUGCAUUGAUGGAGAGUGGAACAGUGAACUUCCAGCCUGUGAAUUGAUCCAAGAAGCUCCCAAAUCAGCUCUGCAGAUUGAGUAUGAGAAGGCACUUCUUGCCUUUAAAGAGAGUAAAGAACUUUGCAAAGCCACAGAGAACUUUAUGCAAAGAUUAAAGGAAAGUGGCUUAACAAUAGAGGAAGUAAAAAUUUUUCUGGAAGUGAAGAAAGCUGAGUUGGAGGCAAAAAUGUUUUCCUGACAUUGUAUCUGAGCAGACUGGGUAAACAAAAUGCACCUAUGAAUAAAUUUUCCUCUUGGUUCUGAAAUCAA